AUGAACCCUGAAACACUUUAAUCAUUAGAAUAAUAAUUCAAUAUAGCUAGUUUAGUUUAUUGUUUAUGCAAUUUAUCUAGAUAAGAAUCCUGAUGAAAUUGUGAGUAUCCUUGAAAAGGCUUUAAAUGAUUAAUAAAAGGAAACUAUCAAUUAAUUAGUGGCUCUAGAUCAAGAAGUUGAUGAUAUUAUAAAUUAAAUCAAUAAAUUAGACAUGAAAUAUGUCGAAUUUGAAGGUUUAAUUGAAGCUCAUACAGAACAUAUAAAAGCCAUUAGUAGAGGAACAUAAAAUAUGGAAAGUUAUCUUAAAGUAUUGGAGAUUCGUAUAAAAAAUUAAGAAUAAUUAAGCGAAUAUAUUAAAUGA